AAUCUCAGCUCACUGCAACCUCUGCCUCCUGGGUUCAAGCGAUUCUCCUGCCUCAGCCUCCAGAGCAGCUGGGAUUACAGGCCUCAGCCUGGAGGCCAGCACGCCUCAGAGAAGCCUGCCCCAGCCUCUGUCGUGCGCACGCCCAGAGCCGUGCUCUUCCGACUGCACCGAGCAUAUGGAGGCAUAAAAGCCCAGGGUGGGUACCAGAGUCCAGGCGCUGGAGCCGGGAGCCAGAGAGAGCUUCUGAGAGCAGCCAGCUGCAGCGAGUGUUUUGCGGCUGUAGGCACCUGUCGUCCUGCCCUCGAUGGCUCCCUCCGCCCCCCUGGCCCUCCUCCUCAUCCUCCUGCUGAGCCUGGCAAAGACUCCGAUAUCCGCACCUACCCACCAGGGGCGAGGAGGCUGGACCCUCAACAGCGCUGGCUACCUUCUGGGUCCCGUCCUCCACCUUCCCCAGACGGGUGACCAAGACCGGGACAGGGAGGCCGCCCUGGUGAUCCUGGACCUGUGGAAGGCCAUCGAUGGGCUUCCCUAUUCCCGCGCUCAGCAGGCCUCCAAGAGGACUCUGAUGGAGACUUCUGCCAAGCCAGAGACGGGAGAUCUGGGCAUGCUCAGCGGGAACAUUCCCAAGGAGCAAGACGUCUGAAGUCACAGAUAUCUACGAAUCCCUGUUCCUCUCCUCCUCCGGCUCCUUCUGUUCCUUCUGAAACCCUUUCUAGGUACCCUAGGCUGCGACUCAGAUCCUCAAGUUAAGUCCUCGGGUCUCACGAAGACGUUGGGAAGCACUUGCCUUACUCUAAAACACUUCUGGCGUGGGUUAGGUUUGAUUGAUUCAUUCUUGGAAUCAGUAUAACGUGUUGUUAAUGAGGCAAUGGCAAUCUGAGGACUGUUUGGAAGAUUCUGGGGUAAUCAGGGAAUUUUCCUGCAACACAUUGAAAGUAAUCGUGUUCUUUAGAAUCAUUCCAAGUAUAACAUGAGCUGUUGAGUAAUACAAAUAACGCUGUUAAGUCUGAGAGUCUGUGUCUUGACUUGAAAACGUUCUUCAAAGUAGCCUACUUUUAUCCACGGGAGUCUCCUCCAGAAAUAAAGGGAGGCAGUUUGAAGCAGAAUGGAGAGAAUAAAAUAUUUCUUGUCAAAUCA